UUAUUAUUGUUAUUAUUAUUAUUAUUGUUAUUAUUUCACUUAUACGUUGGUUUGUAAUCUGCGGCCGGGAGUGUUUUGUUAGUGUCCACCCCCUCAGUUAGCCUAUGCAAAUUCUUUCCUUACUCACUUGGACAAGUUCUACGGUGCACAGUCCAGCUCGUUUUGAUUGUUAAAGUACAGACUGAAUCCGUCAUCUCUGCAAACAUGUCGAAAGAUUUUAGGUUGUUAGUUAAAAACGCGAAACAAGUAGUCCUUGUUUGUACUAAUGGUGAAAAAUUCUUAACUGGAAAAGAAAUGCAGAAUAUAGCAGUGAUUGAAAAUGCAAGUUUGGUCAUCGGAAAAGAUGGUCUCUUGAAAGCAGUUGGACCGGUUGACAGAAUUGAUUCUCAGUUUCAGGGGGCAUCCUUUGAAACAGUAAUUGAUGCCUCUGGAAUGUGUGUCACACCAGGUUUGAUAGAUGCACACACUCACCCAGUUUGGGCAGGGGACAGAGUUCAUGAAUUUGCAAUGAAGUUGGCAGGUGCCACCUACAUGGAGGUUCACCAGGCGGGGGGAGGGAUCCACUUCACAGUGGAGCACACCAGGCAGGCCUCGGAGGCAGAGCUGCUGGCCAGUCUGAAGCAGCGCUUGCAGCGGAUGCUCAGGACUGGAACCACGCUGGUGGAGUGCAAGAGCGGAUACGGUUUAGAGCUGGACACCGAAGUGAAAAUGUUGAGUGUGAUAGAGAGGGCUCGCAAGGACCUGCUGAUCGGCAUCUCGUCCACUUACUGCGGAGCUCACUCUGUGCCAAAAGGAAAAACUGCUGCUGAGGCAACUGAUGAUAUUAUAAAAGUUCAGCUUCUUAAGCUAAAGGAAAAGAUGUCCAAAGGUGAACUCCAUGUUGAUAAUAUAGAUGUGUUCUGUGAGAAAGGAGUAUUUGACCUGGAAUGCACCAGAGCCAUCUUGCAGGCUGGGAAGGAUAUGGGCCUUCAGAUUAACUUCCAUGGUGAUGAACUUCAUCCAAUGAACUCUGCAGAGCUGGGCGUGGAACUAGAAGCAUUGGCUAUCAGUCAUCUUGAGGAAGUGACUGACAAUGGAAUUGCUGCCAUGGCCAGAGCCAAAACAUCAGCUAUCCUCUUACCAACCACUGCCUACAUUCUAAGACUUAAGCAGCCCCGAGCAAGAGAUAUGCUAGACGCUGGAGUUAUUGUUGCUCUGGGGAGUGACUUCAAUCCUAAUGCCUACUGCUGCUCCAUGCCCAUGGUCAUGCAUUUGGCCUGUGUCAACAUGAAGAUGUCCAUGAAGGAAGCAUUAGCAGCGGCCACCAUCAAUGCUGCCUAUUCUUUGGGAAAAUCCCACACCCAUGGUUCUCUUGAGGUGAACAAGCAAGGAGACCUUGUCAUCCUCAAUUCAUCACGGUGGGAACACCUGAUUUAUCAAUUUGGAGGUCAUCAAGAGCUUAUUAAAUUUGUAAUUGUUAAAGGAAAGGUUGUGUAUGAAAAUGACAGAACUUUGGACUACUGAGCCUUAGCUACAGCCUGUGCACAUGCACAAUAUACACAAUAUAUAUAUAUAUAUAUACAAAAUAUACACAAAGCAAGGAACAUUGAUUGUAUCAGUGAUAACCUGCAGGAUGCAUUCUUAAACUCUUGGUGUUUCUUUUUAAGUUUUACUUUAAACAUGUUUAUUAAGACAAGGAUGGCCAUUCUCAAUAAAUUCAGCACUGAACAUCAGAAAAGAUUUUUAUAUAUACUAUCUAUUCAGCAUAACUGUAAAAAAAAAACAGUAUCGUUUAAACAUAAACAUCGUUUUAAGUAGCUGGUGUCUUUCCAUGCCUGGUACACGCUAGUCACUUUCAGUCUGCCAUGUGAGCCAUGUCUGCUUGAGUUUUUUUGUUUUAGUCUGCUAAAUGGACUUUCCGAAGCAGUUUACAAAGGGCAAAAGGUUAGGUAUACAGCAAAUGCAGUUUGAAGUUCAAGGACACAUUCUUUAGAAUAUAUUUUUUAGUUUCUGUCAAACGAUAGGUAAGAACUGAUGCAGGUAAAACAGACAGUGGGGUUUCAGUGCUUACUGAGUUUACUUUACAAUUACAUUUUACAAUAAAAGUUUUCAAACCAGCUGGUAGUAGAUGAAAAGCAAUGCCUUUCCACAGCCUCAAUACUUGAUUACAUUUGAGACUUCGUAGUUUUUCCUUUUUAUAAAUAAUGAUUUUAAAACAAAGUUCCUUUUCUGUUUUUUUGUUUAUUUGUUAUGUGUUAUCAGUUAUUCUAUGAACUGCUUCAGCAAAGUGUCAUUAUGCUUUGCUCAGCAUUUUGUGAAAGAGUGGAUCAUAUGGAGGAGAAACUAUACAAGCAGAUUCAUUUUUGUGUUCAGAAUUGUAGUCCUGGGUAGGCUUUUUCAGGUGCUACUGUACACUGUAACCUGGAGGAAGCUGGAACCAUGUUGCUGGGAAAUGUAUAUAAUAUGAAUAUACUGACACUAUACAGAAGAUAAACAGCCACACACUGUUAAGAAAAUGUCCAUUGGAUGUACAUGCAAGUUCUUAUCAUAACGAAAGCUUUGUGAAGCUCUGCAGCCUGUGUUCCACUUGUUUUUUCAUUUUGAAACAAAAACAUUAAAAACAGAAAAAUUAGUCUUUUUAAUUUUUCGAGGACAGAAAUUCAAAAAAAUAUGUAUUUCUAAUAUUUAAUUAUAAUAAAGAAAUAACUAGCCAA